AUGGGACAUGAAGUAGAUCAAUGCCCACACAUCAUCGACUACGAAGCAUGCCGGAAAUGCAACGAAACAGGACACAACCCAAUAAAUUGUAAGAAUGAUCAAAUUUUAAAACAAAACAAAUGCGAAAAUUGUGACAAGAUUGGACAUACAAUGCAGCAGUGCCCAGAAGUAAUAUGCAGAAAGUGCAAUAAUAUGGGCCACCUCGUAAAAUAUUGUAAAGCAGGAGAAAUAAAAAAGUCUCUAUACAAAAUAUGUGCUAUCUGUGAUGAAGUAGGCCACGAACAAGACACCUGCGACCAAGUAAAAAUCAUGUUCACAGAAUUCAAAGCUAAACAGAAAUUUAAGUUCCAGUAUUGCGAAGACACAGGCCACACAGCUAAGUAUUGCCCACUUCUAAAAACGCAACCGCAGCAAGUUCAACAAACUCCACAACUGUCAUAUAACUCAAAUCAUAAUAGAUUCCAAAGGAAAGGCUGUGCCUACUGCAAAAGUCCAGGACAUAAUAUAAACGACUGUAGAAAACUAAGCGCAUUAAUGAACAACACACCAACAAAUCAACAAAAGAUAUGCGAAUCCUGCAAGAAACACGGCCACGUAAUCGAUGAAUGCAGCAUAAUCUUGUCACGACAAAAACAAGCCGGCGAAUUCUGCGGAAAACGUAAAAUAGCCGGUCACACAACACAGAAUUGCUUCAGAAAUAAAGGAAGAGCGGGAAACUUCGAGGCCCUUUCUGGAGGGAACGCCUCCUAG